AUGGCUCGUUACAAUGGACUGCUUCCAGUGUUGGCCUUAACGGUCGUGCUUAUCGGAAAUGUACAGAGCGCGAAUAUAUUGGGCCUAUUUACUAGUGUCAGUCCAUCUCACUUGAUCGUCGAAUUGUCUAUGGCAAAAGUGCUGGCCGAGAAUGGACACAAUGUGACGAUAGUGACAGUCAUGAAGCCACUAGUCACCCACAAGAAUUUUAACGUAAUUAUGAUACCCUUAACUGAGGAGGAAGAACGGGGAAGACAAGCUAGCCUAGGCAAUAUAGCAAGCAUAGAUAAUACGAAUAUGAUUAAAGCGGCGUUUCACCUUAUGGGACAAAUGAAUUUUAUGUUUGAUAAAAUGCGCAAUGUUAUGAUGAGCCCACGCGUGAAAGAUCUCUAUGAGAACAAGGACAACAAGUUUGAUUUGGUUAUAGUCGGAUUCUUCUUGAACAACUAUCAGAUUGGUGUCGCGCAGAAGUUAAAGGUGCCUGUGGUGAUCGCGUCAAUCUUGCCGACAAAUGAGUUGUUUGCGAAUAUAUUGGGGAAUCCGAGGGAACUUUCGUAUGUACCUUUUUUUGAUAUGGCCUUGAAGCAAGGAGAGACUAUGACGUUGCCAGACAGAGUUAAGACCUUGUUCAUCAGCUUAACAUUUCGAGCUUUAUAUAUGGUGAUUGAGAAACGCAAUUCUGAAUAUUACACUGAAAUUUUUGGAGAUGAUCCCGAAAUGCCAAGGUACGAGGAUCUUGGCAAGAACGUCUCUUUGGUUCUCUUUAAUUCCCAUGCGGUCAGUGAGGGUCCCAUCAGACCAAACGUGCCCGCUGUCAUAGAAGUUGGAGGAAUCCAUAUCAAAGAUCAGCCUGAUCCGUUGCCCAAAAAUAUAGCCGAGUUUCUGGAUACAGCACCGAAUGAUGCCAUACUCUUAAGCUUGGGUUCCAAUGUUCAGGGUGAACAUUUAAAGCCCGAAACUGUUCAAAAAAUGUUCAAUGUGCUCUCGAAACUCAAGCAACGCGUUGUUUGGAAAUGGGAGAACUUGGAUAAAACACCUGGAAAAUCAUCAAAUAUACUCUUCUCGAAGUGGCUGCCACAGGAUGACAUUCUCGCACAUCCUAAGAUCAAACUAUUCAUCACACAUGCCGGCAAGGGUGGUGUUUCGGAGGCCCAAUAUCAUGGCAAGCCUAUGUUAGCACUUCCUGUCUUCGGCGAUCAACCUGUAAAUGCGGAAAAAAUGGUGCAAGAUGGUUUCGGACUGAGUAUGAAGCUUUUGGAAUUGGAAGAACAACAUUUCCAUGAGAAUAUUCUUAAGGUAUUAGAGGAUUCUCAGUUCACAGAGAAUGUGAAGCGAUUCUCGCAGGUAUAUCGUGAUCGUCCCAUGACGGCCCGUCAGACCGUACUCUACUGGACGGAAUAUGUCCUACGACAUCAUGGUGCGCCCCACCUUCAGAGUCCUGUUGUUCACAUGAGCUUCAUAGCCGCCCACAACUUGGACGUAUAUGCGUUGAUUAUCAGUUUGUUGUUAGUGUUUUUGUUUGCAACUAAGCUUGUUGUAAGGUUUAUUUAUAGAAAAUUUAUAAAAAGAAAAAUUUCCAAACAUUCAUCCAAGAAAAAGGUAAAGAAAACAUAG